AUGAAAGUGAAACUUGACCAGAAAAUUAAAUAUUUUAAAUUCUUGCACUGUUGGACUGAAACAUCUGGUGAUCCAAUGUGGAAGCUGCAUCAGAAAAUGAAAAAGUUGGCCUCCACUUUGAGUAUUUGGUCCAAGGAGGAGUUUGGCAAUAUUUUCUCUACUGUUGCAGACUUUGAAAAUCAAGUCAAAAAUGCUGAGGAGAAUGUCAUUCAACACAAUUCAGAAGAAAAUAGAGCCAAACUUCACCUCAUUAAUGCUCAAUACAUCAAGUACCUCAAACUGGAGGCUUCCAUACUUGAGCAAAAAGCUCAACUUCAGUGGUUCAAAGAAGGGGAUACAAAUUCCAAAUAUUCUCACUUUAUUAUAAGGGAUAGGAGGAGGAAAUUGUUCAUCCAUAAAAUUUGUAUUGAUAAUGAUGUUUGGGUACAAGGAGAUGAAAACAUUGCCAAGGAAGCUUGUGAUUACUUCCAAAAUAUUUUCUCAGGCCGUGAAGACAGGAUCAAUGAAGAGGUUCUUAAUUGUAUCCCUCAGAUGGUUAAUGAGGAGCAUAAUCAAAUUCUGCAACAGAUUCCUUGUUUGGAGGAAAUGACUCCUGUGUUUUUUUCGAUGAAUCCUAACUCUGCACCUGGUCCAGAUGGAUUUGGAGGGAAGUUCGACCAAGCAUGUUGGGAAAUAUCAAGGAAGAUGUUGUGA